UCAACGAGGGUGGAAAGGCCCCCGCUCUAGCAACAGUCCCUCAGCAAAACCCGCCCUCUCCUGCCCAUUCCACCUGCUUGCCCGCCACGCCCUGCUCCGCACCAUGUGUGCGUUGCCCUUCUGCAGCAGCAGACUAAGUCGAGCCCACCACCUCUCCACUGCUGUCUCGCGGAAAAACUCCACAUCGCCCUCCUCCAUAUAGACAGGUGGCCGCAUGUGUCGGGCCAUACGGUUGAGAAGGGCAGCCGCCUCGUCCCCCCACCGUCCGUAGCUCUCCGCCGACAGUGGGACGAAGGUGAAGUUGCUUGCUCUCGCCUCUGUGCCGUAUUUGCUGUGCUUCCUGUCGGCCGCGUUGCGCAGCGCCUUGCCGUCUUCUGCCCCGUUCUGCCUGUUGGUGGCCGCGUGGUGUCUGUUGGUGAAGGGGUCGGGGCGUGUGGGGUGGGCGAUGGUGACGUCGCCGAGCAUGCUUUUUCCCUCCUCCACCCAGUAGAGGUCGUUGUAGGCAAGAGCUCGCGAGCCAACGCCGUCCCCAACUUGGAAAGCCGUGGGAUCUUCGUUUUGAUGUCCUUCAGUAAGUUCUCUCCCCGUCUCGCAUGCGGACUGUGCCCCCAUCGAGCCCCCACCCUGCUCCUCGGAGUCCCCAAAGACAAAGGCAAGAGGCACACCAGGAAGGUCCACUGACAGGUCUUGACAACGCUUCGUCUGUUGUGUGGUCAGAUGAUGGACAACCGGUUUACCCGCCCAUCAUGGCAGCGGUCCCUCGCCCUCGCCCAACGCCUUCAACGACUUCUUCCACUCCGUCACCACUUGCCAGUAUGAUGCUGUGCAGCGGUGCUUCGAGAGAGAGGAUCCCACGCCCUACAUGCAGGCUACUGAUCAAGUCAAUACGGGGAGGGGGAUGCGUCAAUCACGUUUGGUGAGGGAGAUAUGCCUGGCUUGUUUCCCGCUGUGUCUGUCAGACGCUCAAGACGUGUCUGCACUUGGCUGCCAAGGGGGGUUUGCAGAUCUGGUGCACUUCUUCAUCACCCUCGGGGCCGCCAUCGAAGCCAGAGAGCGAAUCGGGAGGACGCCGCUGCGGUGCGCAAAAAGACAUUCAUGAGAUACACACACUCCAAGUCCACACGUGCGUGCGCAGGUGUGCGCAAGGAGACAUUCAUGAGAUACACACACGUGCGUGCGCAGGUGUGCGCACACAGACAUUCAGUAUGUACAAACACACCAAGUCGACACGUGGGUGCGCAGGGGUGCGCACAGAGACAUUCAUGACAUACACACACUCCAAGUCCACACGUGCAUGCGCAGGUGUGCGCACAGAGACAUUCAUGGGUGCGCAAAGAGACAUUCAUGAGAUACACACACUCCAAGUCGACACGUGCAUGCGCAGGGGUGCGCACAGAGACAUUCAUGACAUACAAACACUCCAAGUCUACACGUGCAUGCGCAGGUGUGCGCACAGAGACAUUCAUGGGUGCGCAAAGAGACAUUCAUGAGAUACACACACUCCAAGUCGACACGUGCAUGCGCAGGGGUGGUGCGCAAAGAGACAUUCAUGAGAUACACACACUCCAAGUCGACACGUGCAUGCGCAGGUGUGCGCACAGAGACUUUCAUGAGAUGCGCAGGUGUGCGCAAAGAGACAUUCAUGAGAUACACACACUCCAAGUCCACACGUGCAUGCGCAGGUGUGCGCACAGAGACAUUCAUGAGAUACACACACGUGCGUGCGCAGGUGUGCGCACACAAACAUUCAGUAUGUACAAACACACCAAGUCGACACGUGGGUGCGCAGGUGUGCGCACAGAGACAUUCAUGAGAUACACAAACUCCAAGUCCACACGUGCGUGCGCAGGGGUGCGCACAGAGACAUUCAUGAGAUACACACACUCCAAGUCCACACGUGCGUGCGCAGGUGUGCGCACAGAGACAUUCGUCAUGUGUGUGGAUGGAUGUGUGAGGGAUGGAUGUGUGGAUGGACGCGUCGGUGGGUGGAUGGGUGCCAUGGAUGCCAACAGCACUUCUUCAAGCUCUCGUUGUGUAUGGGAUGUUUGAGUUCGUGGCGCGUGUGUGUUUAUGUACAGGAUGGGUGGCCGUGAUGUGUGGCGGUUGUGUGUGGUGCACUGUAUGUGCCCGAUAUCUGCCCUCACAGAGACACUGUCAGGUGUGUGUGCGUGUGUGUCUGUGUGUCAUACGAUGGAUAGCACUACGAAAGUAUACAUGGCCCCCUGUAGUGUGCCGCCGCAGCAGCAUGUGGUUGUCGGAGCCAGCCCUGCGACAAACACGCACACAGAACACACACACACGCACACACACGCACACACACACACACGGAGAGUAUACAACAACGCAUCCAUCUGUCUACCUCCCCCUCACUGACCGAGAAACCUUUGAUGAGGCGACCACAUGAAGGGGGCCGCAUGGGAAGCCCCAUGCAACGGAACCAAAGGGAUUGCAAGUCAGAGGGCGCCUGCCCAAAGCCGAGGCGAAACCUGAUAGCGCGAAAACAGAUAGCGCGAGAGCGUGUACAUAAUUGAGUGGCCGUCUCUCACGAAGCAACCCAGGUGUCACUGCAGAAGGUCUCGCAUCAUGAAAAAGUCCGUUUCCAAUGUGAACGAAUUGACAAUGCGUCUCUGAGAGACAGAGAGGCUGUGUGUAAAGUGGGAGGCAUUGUGUUGCACUGUCGCGUCGUGCGUUCUCUGUCACGAUGGACCGAGUCAUAUACAACUGUCUCACAGAUGGCAUGUCUGGAGAACCAAACAAAUAACCCCUCCCGUGACGUGCUAACCAUGGGUGCUACAUGCACACAACAUAUGACAGACCAGAGAAAAUGCACCGCGAAGAAAAAUAGGGCCUCACGAGGGAGAAAAAUGUACGCGAGACGAUGAGUGCACACUCGUAUGUGCCUCCUACGCCUCUUAUCAGUGUUCGAACACUCAUGGCCUACUCUCACAUAUCUUCGUUCGUCGAAAGCUACCCUGGCUUCAUCUGCCUGUCACAUUGCACGGACACAUAGGAAAAAGAGUGCGCUCACAAAGAAAAAGAGGGGCUCGCGAGGUAAGAAAAAAUAUACCCAAUGAUAGGUGUAGAAGCCUACUUGGCUAGUCAUUAUAUUACAAGACUCGUACCGUACUCACAUGUCUUCGUCCAUUGAAGCCUCCAGCCUACCUUCAGCCGGCUCGCUUCCAUUCGCACACGAGACGUCAACAAUCAGCACCCGCUCUCUAUCAGCGGCCUCUCUGAGUUGAACGUCUUCCUCUUGUCCAUGGCCAUUUACCUGACAAAGAAGAGGAAAGGAGCUGCACACAUAACAUACUAGAGCAAGAUGCCUUAGGGAAGGGAUGAUGCAGCUAUGGCUGCUGGUCGUUUUCUGUCGGUGUCUGCUGCUUCAGCGGCUGAGACUCGGGCGCAACCUACACACACACACAAGAGGUCAUGGCUGCAUCCACGAAACCGCAAAGUGGACCUCGCUACCUCUCCAUUUGGGGCGGGCAGGUAGUCAUUGCCUCUCAGCGGCUGUCGCACCGGGUCGCCCCCAGCCACACUCACGUUGUGCACCACUCGCACACCUAUACCAGCAUAUAUACACGCUCAUGUACACUCGUGUGCGUGUCUAUGUCUGUGUGUGUGAGCGUACUGUCGAGUUGUGGCUGCAAGGGGACCAUCUGUGUGGCCAUGGGUGGGGCGGUCGGCAAAUCUCCCACUGUGUAGCCAGCCAACUGACACACACACAACACACCACAGCACACACAAUACGCACAGACGUGUGCACAGCGGCAGGGGGCAUCUGUCUGUCCGUGUAGUGUGGAUGGGUGGAUGGAUGGGGUCAUACAUUGGCCGUGCCCAGGACCGGGUCCAGCCCAGUCGUUACCACCAGCGAGUGUGUGUAUAUCA